AUGUCCAAAACGCCUUUUGGUGAAAGGCCCACUGCUUUUGAAUACAUCGUGCAAGGUCUGUUUGGUCAGCGAUUAGUAAUGGUCAGCAAGUUUUGUGGGACGUGUGGAGCAUUCACAGCUAAGAAGCGUUGUCCGAAGUGCAAGUUAUGCUAUUGCUGUGUUGACUGCCAAAAGUUGGACUGGCCAAUUCACAAGUUGUGUUGUGAAUCUAUCAAGACGUGGAACACGAUCCCUGAUGCAAAAGACACUAUUUCCUUGGACGAUAUCCAAGGCUAA